CCCUGCCAGUUGAACCAUCUCCGCGGCGACACUCGGCAGUCCCUCUAGUGAGUGCGUCGCGUUCGGCCAUGUGGCGCUCGACCUGCCGCCCACCAUGUGUGUCGUUCACAGACUAACCUGCCGGAGGACUCGCACAGCCACCAGCUCCACUCCCUACGUGUGUGUGGUCAUGAGCGCCCCCCUGGCCAGAUUGUGCAAAGUAUUGAUCCCAGUGGCGUCCUAGAGGUCCGUGGUGAGAGAGAGUGACAGGGGAAGACCGAGAGAACCAAGCGCGGUGAGAGGGGAAAAGAGAGAGAGAGAGAGAGAGUGUGUGUGUGUAUGUGUAUGUGUGUGUGAGAGUGAGGGAGACGGUAAAGUAGGGAUGCUGCUGCUUCUGUGUCACCGUCACCGCCGCCUCCUCACUCCACCAACGUUAUUACUCUGUGCAGCUGUCAAUAAGGUAGACAAGACUCCAGAGAGGCCGCCGUGUGGACGAGCCAGAGACACCAACAUGGCCCACACACGACUGAAAACACCCUCCAAGUCUCUACCAUAAGAGGAAAACAAACAAAAUUCACAUGGAUCAAUUCCUAAGUGAAAAGUAAAGGAUAAUCUGAGUUUAUAUUACGAGUGAAGGAGUGACCUGACCCGGUGAUGUUGGCACGAGUUCCAUAUAUAAAGUGAAAUAUAUUAACUCCAGGAUGAAGAAAACUUAAUAAUAAUGGGAGUCAUUUGUGUGUAGUGUUACCAUAUUGAUCCAAAUUCAGAACUAAAAAGGAUGUUUCGAUAGUCAACAGUGAAUAGAUUGGUUUUAAAGUGACCCCAUGUGUGGGAUGUGGUAAUACUGCUUCGACAACAGUCAGGUAAUAAAGUGAUCUGUCGAUUUGAUCUGAUAACACUGACUUGAAAUACCCUGAAUGUGAUCUAGCAAUACUGUACCUCGAUCCUAUGACCAGCGGAAGACACCUAGAUUACUCAAGAGAGCAGUUAAGGAAGUGGAGGUGUGGCGUGACCAGACUGUGAGUCACAUCACAGUAUAGCGCCAGCAGACCACAUCCCUCCGUCACAUCACACUACCACCAGCAGACCACAUACCUCCGUCACACCACACUACCACCAACUGACCACAUCCCUUCGUCACUAACACCAGCAGAUCACAUCGCUUCUUCACACCAUACUACCGCCAGCAGACCACAUCCCUCCGUCACACCACACUUCCACCAUCUGACCACAUCCCUCCGUCACAUCUCAGUGUAUGUAUGUGUGUGUGUGUGUGUGUGUGUGCGAGGCGUUGGACCAAUAACCACAAACUGGACAAGAAAGUUCGGACAAGGUGUUAUCUCGACGACACACACACAUCCGCUCUUCCCCCUCCUCCACUCCCACCACGCAGAUCAGUUGCUGCUGCUUCUCCUCUCCAUCAUUCGCUCUCUGAAGGGGGUGUCCUGUGUUCUGCCAUCGGUUCGACAUAUUUCAUUGGUCCUAAGUAACAUCCAGGGUUCUGACUUGGAUCCUGAGAACUUGCCAAUCCUACGCUGGGCCCCGAGAUUUUUUUUUCUUUCCAAGCCCCAAUCAACGGCGAAAGUAACCUGUUAAUCCUCACCAAGAACCCCCCCCCCCCCAGCGCCGAGGUUUUGAACAGUACCCCGAGGUGACUUUAUGCCAUGAGUAAGCCCUGAUGACUGGCUUCUAGGAUCUGGACUAGUACAAGUGACUAGUAGAAGCUUGAGGAGGAGGAGGAGAAGCGGUGGAGGUGCGGGGUCAUGUUGGCCAGGAUGAAGAAGGGUCCCUGCUGUGGAGUCGUCCUUGCUGCCUGCUUCUGUUUCUUGUACGUCGCCACGGGCACCUGGCCACUGUCAGGCGGAGGUCCGUGGAGUGGGGACCCGACCAGCACCUCCUUCACCGACCAGCAGCAGCAACAAGAGGACCUGGGCUACACUGACGACUCCUCCCUGCCUCUCAACUACCCCCACCCCACCGAGACACUAAACGAUGGCCUGUCCUUCCGGUACUUCGACACGGAGGUCACAUUCCAGACGGAAGGUGUUGCGGGUCGCCUCCUCACACAGCACGAGCACGCCCUCCUCACCUCAGCCAAAGAAGCCGCAAAACACUACCUGACGCAGCUCCACCCCAACACCGCCUUCGUCAGCGGCAGGUACCGGUGGCUACCUGACGGCGUCGAGUAUGACUUAAUAUACAAGGACGAAGCUUCUGACGUCACUAGCCGAGUCACUCUCUUCCAAAAACUGGAAGCUACCAAGGUCCUCCGCUCCAUCACAGUCGACCAGAAGACGGUGGUGAACAUGGUGGUGACGCUGAAGGGACGUGUAGCCAAGUAUGCGACCUUCCUAGACCACCUGGUGAAGAACGUCCUCCCUUACGAUCACAACCUCUCCCUUACCGUCGUUUACUUCUCCGACGACUUCCUUGAUGAGGCUCGUGAAGUCACCAGCAGCCGCCUCUCCUCCCUCCCCAACUUCAAGUGGUCCUUCAUUCCCCUGGAGGAGAGGAACUUCUCCAGAGGGCGCGGACUCCACAUUGGGGCGCAGCAAAAGGACUCCAAGUACAUGGGGGAGCUCCUCUUCUUCUGUGACGUCGAUGUCCUCAUGCAUUCUGAUUUCUUUAGCCGUUGCAGGAGCAACACCAAAAAGGGUCAUCAGGUGUACUACCCAGUGGUGUUCUCACUGUACAACCCUAAGCUGGUGUACCCACUGUUCGACAAGAAAGUGCCGCCGGUGAAUGAGCAGCUGGCAGUGGAUGAACAGUCUGGGUUCUGGAGGACAUUCGGUUUUGGGAUGGCGUGUAUGUUCCGCGAUGACUACCAUGUCUCGGGCGGCUUCCCAGACAUACGCACGUGGGGCGGUGAAGACGUGGCCCUCUACCAGCAGUUCCUCAAGCUCACCAAUAUUAAGGUGAUCCGGGCGCCGGACCCAAGCCUCUUUCACCUGUACCACCACAAGGACUGCAUGGACACCGGUAGCAGUUCGUACGUGGCAUGUCUCAAAUCCAAGGCAGUGACGGAGGGCUCACAGCUCCAACUGGGCCUCAGCCUCCUCAAGCUGCACCAGGGCACUGAUCUGGAGGGUGUCCUCAGCAAGAGAUUCUACUACUUCUGGCUGGUCCCUUACUUGGGGCUGCUAUUGGCAGUCUCACUCCUCACCAACCUGACCCAGGCUGUCUUGCUCCUCCUUAACCGACGCGUUCGAUACUUCAGGACAGUUUAAUCCAGUGCGAUCCACAUCCUGGCAGUGACUAGUCUCCAAGAAUCCAUGACCUGGCAGUGACUAGUCUCCAAGGACCCAUGGCCUGACAGUGACUAAUCUCCAAGGAACCAUGGCCAGGUAGUGACUGCUCUCCAAGGACCUAU